AUGAUUGACCAGGAUAUGUUGUCACGCAUUAACCAUCAUGAGUUGUCAAGCGUGUGCCACGAUAAGUUGUCCAGAGUGGGUCAGGAUGAGUUGUCUAGUGUGGGCCAGGAUGAGUUGUCUAGUGUGGGCCAGGAUGAGUUGUCUAGUGUGGGCCAGAAUGAGUUGUCUAGUGUGGGCCAGGAUGAGUUGUUCAUCAUGGAGCAGGGUGAGUUGACUACCGUGGACGAGGGUGAAUUGUGUAUGGUUGCCAGGAUGGACUCCGCCCACCCCGCCCACGGGCUGAGUGAUGGUGUGCUGAGUGAUGGUGUGCUGAGUGAUGGUGUGCUGUGUGAUGGUGUGCUGAGUGAUGGUGUGCUGUGUGAUGGUGUGCUGAGUGAUGGUGUGCUGUGUGAUGGUGUGCUGAGUGAUGGUGUGCUGAGUGAUGGUGUGCUGAGUGAUGGUGUGCUGAGUGAUGGUGUGCUGAGGCUAGGUGGAGGCGGUCCUGGCACAAAGACCACCUCUCGUGUGGCACAGACCCCGGUCACACAUGGUCUUGAUGAACAACUGUCCGAGGGACCCGUGUUAACUACCUCUCGUGUGGCACAGACCCCGGUCACACAUGGUCUUGAUGAACAACUGUCCGAGGGACCCCUGUUAACUACCGACCUGUGCGACUGUGUCAAGCUGAGCCAAGGUGUCAGACAACGUCUUUUAAAUGUCAGUCAAGAGAAAUUGUCAUUGUUAACAGAAGUAGAUCUGUCAAGAAGGUUUUCAAUUGAUAUUAGUGAAACUAGGCUCGCGCUUGUCUCUGGCGAGGAUCACAUCGCCCACAGGACUUCACCAGGGAAGCAAGGAGCUGCAUCAUCCUCAAGCUACAGCUUCGUGGCUGAGAUUUCUAGCACUUUUGAUUACGUACAUGUGAUGUAUUCACAUGUGUGGUAUGCACAUGUGUUGUAUGCACAUGCGUGGUAUGCACAGCUUCAGGCUCACAACCCAGAAAAACAGUUCCGAAAGCUUACUGUCGAUGACAUUGCAUUACGUGUGGCUAAGUUUUCAGUAGACAGCUGA